UCUCCAAAUAUUUUAGUACACGCGGAAGGAGAUGGGUCACACGCAGACGGCUUGCGUGGUGCGUAGACUGGAUCAGUGCGCGCCGAAGUGUGUCUGUUCAGUGGACAGCCGUACUCAAAAGUGCACGUUUAUCCUCACAUUUUCCUCGUUCCCGGAGUAAUAUGCCACCGAUUCCCUAGCAAUGAUGAUGGAGGAGCGUAAGGAGCUCGUAGGGAAGCGGUUCCUGUGCGUAUCCGGGGGAGGGAAGCUGAAAUUUUCGAGGAUUUCGGAAUGGGAAUGGAAAUCGGGGGUCAUACGUGCUGUCUCGCACAAACCGGAGGAUCAGAAGCACCCCGACUUCUCGGUUUAUGUGGAGUUUGAUGACCGAGACUGGGAGCAGCGAGAGUGGCUGAAGGUUUAUGAGGGAGGCUUUCAGGUGUUCCUGGUGGAGAAAACAUUGGUGUGGGGCCAGCGUAGGGGCAUCUCCAAAUCAGCCGUCCUCUGGCCUGCACUGACAUUCAGCUACUUGGUGGACAAGGUCAGCCUCGGGCAGGGCGGGAGAUGUGUUCUGGAGUUCCUCCAUGACCGAGCAAGGGACUUUGUCCAGCAUGAGGAGACCAGACCAUAUCAGGAGGAAGAUGACAGUCUGCAGCCAGCGUUAAAAGACUACCCACACGUCCGUGCAGAGAUCAAGGAUUGGGUGAAGGAACAGAAAGUUCAGGACAUUCUUUUGAGAGCGCCCUAUUCUCUGACUGGCUACAGAGUGAAAGUGUACCGGCUGGACUCGGCCACACAGUGGUUCACAGCAGUCAUAUCCGCACACAAUCCUUUAAGCAGGGAGUUGACUGUUAUGAAUGACACAGUACUGGAGACACAUGAAGUGGACCCUGCUUUGGUGCAGAUGACAUUCCUGGAUGAUGUAUUGGAAUCCCUACUGAAGGGUGAAAAUGUAGGUAUAACUCCUCGGCGACGAUCCUGUACCCAGACUACCACAUCAACAGCCUCGCAGAACUCUGGCAACCCUCAUUACACACGGACCCGCAGUAGUCAGCCAUCCGCAGUAGUCAGCACACCCUCUACACGACAGGUCGAGCCCAGCAAAAUCAGAAAGCCUCGUCGGAAAGGCUCCGACAGCAGUCUUCCACCUGAUCUCGACUUAGAUAAGCAAGAGAAAACAGAAAAAACAGUGACAGCAGAAUCCUCCAGCAGACAACGAAAUCCCAUGACCAAGAUGCGGAAGCGCAAGUCCAGUGAAAGCAUGGACACUGAGGAAAAGAAGCCGGACUCUCCACAGAAACGGGCUCGAUCUCAGUCAAUAUCUGAUGACAGAACCAUGGACCAAUCUCAGGCCCAACCUGAGGUAACUGACAGAGGACAGAAGCCCAAGGCAUCUGUUGGUGAGAAAGGUCGAACAAAGUCAAGACCAAGGCCUCCUCCAAAGAAGAAAAAGGAACCAGAAAAAGUGGAGAGCAACACUGGAAGUGAAACAGAAGUAGAAGUUGACAGUGCCAAAUGCAUGAAUUCAGAAACAGACUUGGUGGCUACAUCUCCUGUCCAGAAAGAUGUGAAAAAUCAAGGGCCAGCCAUUGAGGAGAGCAAUCCUAGGGUUAAUAAUCCUACCGAGGGAAAAUUGAACAAAAGUCAGAGGAAGGAGGUGGAGGAAGUCAUUGAGAGUACUGUCAAGAUAUCUGAAGGAACCAAAACACAUGAACAGCCAAGGACUUAUGCUGAAAAGAGACUGCAAAUUAAUGAAGACACAAGGCUGUUUGAUGAACCUAGAAUACAAGGAGAGCCUCGAAAAGCUGAAGACCUUAGACUACAUGAAAAACAAACAAGGAAAGAUGAGCCCAUAAAAGGGGAGGAUCGCAGACAUAGGGGUGACGUCACCAAUUGGGAAGAGAUGAAAUUACAAGCUGAGUUUAGCAAAAGGCAAGAAGAACAGAAACUACUGCAAGAAAGACUUCCUACUCCUAGUGCACAGCAGGCACUUGAAUCCAUGUGUCAAGAGUUUCCUGUUCCCACAGUAUCAAACAGGCAGAAAAUAAUGCUGCCCACUAACAGCAGCAGCAACAAGGCACCCCCUGUCACUACAGCAAAUCCUACUAAAGAAGAAGGGGAAAGGAGAGGGUUCCAUCCUGUCAUACCGAAGACAAAGCUGGACUCUCAGAAAAGUCCACUUGUGGUAGACAAGAAUGAGGAGGUGCGUGUGUGGAGGGACCCCAGUUUGGAGAAGUCAAAAGAUGUGGAGGUGACCCACAUCAGCUCCAUACAGCACCAGCACCUGGUGCACAACCAGUCACGGGGGUUCUCCCACCCUGGGUCUGCCACCUCGCAUCCGCAUGGUCCACAGGCAACUUCACAUGGGUCAGCAGCAGCCCAUUCCCACUUGCCGUCCUCCACACACCCACAUCCACCCUCAUCUAGUCAUCCACAUGUCCCCUCUCCAGCACACCCACAUGUCCAGUCUCCAGCCCACCCACACGUACCUUCCCCUGCCCAUCCACAUGUCCCCUCCCCUGCUCACCCCCACGUCCCCUCCCCGGCCCAUCCACACGUCCCCUCACCAGCCCAUCCCCAUGUCCCCUCACCGGCCCAUCCCCAUGUCCCCUCCCCAGCUAACCCUCAUGUGCCAUCUCCAGCUCACCCCCAUGCACAAUCACCUGCACAUGCCCACCCUUCCCUACAGCAUUCACCACAUUCCAGUGUGACUCCAAACCCCUCCCACACAGACAUAGGAAGGCUGCAGCAGCAGCAGCAGCAGCAGUUGGCAGCAAUGCUGGCCCAUCCGUACUAUCAGGCCUACCUGAUGGCAAACCCGUCAACCCUGGCUCACCACCUUCUCAGAAACCCUAAUGGUAUUCCCAGCAUCCAUCUGGACCACCCUUAUGCAGCCAAGAACCUGGCCAUCAUGGCACAGCAGCAGCAGCAGCUACAGCAGAUGGGUCUGCCGGGGAUAUCCCAUCAGGCCCUGCUGGCCCAGCAUCCCCAGCUGCAGGGCCUGAGUCCAGUCCAGCUGCAGAUGGCAUGGCAGCACACCUACGCCCAGCAGCCCUGGCUCCGACAAACACCGGCAGACUUUGAGCGGGAAAGGGAGCGUUUGAUCCGCGAGACGCAGCAGAGGUGUCCUUCUGCAUCAGCAGUCCUACACAAACCAUACCCAGACCCCCUUAGGCCACAGCCAUCAAAGCCAUCCUGUGUUAGUGUCACUCCACCUGGUAACUUUCACGGCCAGCCAGCAAGACCACAACCAACCACAGCAAAAGGACCAGAACAUGACAGGGCACCCAACCCCCCACAACAACGCCAGCAACAUGACAGCCUGGUCAUGCCGCGGCCAGCAUCAGCUGUAGCCGAUGCCAGCAGGAAACUGUACGGCAUGCACCCGUCAUCCACAACAGCAACAACUUCAUCUUCACUGUUUCCAGCAAGGUCAGAAGGGUUGAGUUUGAGGGCAGAAAGUCUGAACAGACUUGAAAGGAGACCUUCAGGUACUUCGGUCAAGUUGGAGUCAUCCUCAACACCAUGUGCUUUUCAACACACAUCUGCUUUCAAAGCAACUAAAUCUGCGUUUAACUACGACCCAGUGCUUCCACCAGGCUACAGGCCCUUCCCCCACAGCACGGGGAUGUCUCCUUCCAUCACGUCCUCUGUCAUUCAUUCCUCCGCUGCCGGCGGCACUUCCAGUCAUGGCUCACAAGCCCAGGACACCAGGACUGGUCCUGAGCAAAAAGCAGAGGUCCAGGAUGAAGAAUCGUCAGCACAGGACAAGGUCUCUACAAGGAGGCCACAGUUAGAACAACAGGCCCCAUUGCCGCCUGUACCACCAUUAGUGAAACGUUUGUCUGGAUCAGCCCAGCUGGAGAAACCCCAAGCAGUGGUUAAGAGUGGAUCACCUCCUAGCAGGGACCCUCAUUCCACUCCAGUUGUCCAGCACUUUGUUUCACAUGGACCAUGGUCACACAGUAGCUCCUUGGCAGCUAGCCACAAAGAGGAGGGAGGAAAAGGUACGUUUGGCUGUCCUCCACCCCUCACUAACCCAAGACCAGUUUCCACAUCAGCCACUUCUUCCAAAACUCAGAAGAUGACUGUCGCUAUUCAAACAAACGACGACCUGGGUCUUAAUAUAGCGUCCGCCCAUCAACUGUCCAAUGCAAUGAUGCAGCCCCUUGGAGGAACACAGUCUACAUCGCAUCCCGGUAGUACCCCCACCUCAUCCUCCUUUUCACAACAGAAUACAGAUCAUCAGGCGCCCUCCUCCACUUCUAUUCCAAGAACGGGCUAUGGAAGUACUUCCUAUCCCAUAUCACAUCUUAGUGUGAUUGUCUCUCAGCCUUCUGUUAUUGUGCAGAAUCCAGUUGGGGAAGCCAAGGCUUCAGACUCCUCUUCAUCACCCAAGAAAAGGAACAACCCCCACACCAACCACCCAACAACAAAGAAGCAACGUGCUCGGGUUGGUAAAUCUCAACUCUUCCCAGCAGCCAGUUCAGGAUCUCAUGAACCCAUGAACCUGAAUGCCUUCGAGGCAAGAAGCCCAUUUGAAGAACAAUUCAAGUCCUUUAUUGCCCAAACAUCACCUCCUGCUGCCUCCAAAUCAGCAGGUAGCCACAGUGUAUCAGCCAUGCUGAUGGCAGACAAGGUAAAACUGGAGAGACCUGAAGGAACCUCUGUCAUCAUGUCUCCUAGUGGAGAGAUGAUAAGAACGCAAAGCACUGUGGACCACAGCAGGCGGAUCAUAGCAAAGAUGCAGCAGUUUGAGUCAAGAGUUAAUGCAGCCCCAAAAGGACACAUUCCAAAUGGAACAAGUGGCAGCGACAGUGACUCCAGCAACAGCAACUUGUCACCCAAUAAGUCUGGCCACCAUAAAAUCAAAAAGGCCUGGCUUGAAAGACAUUCAGGAGAAGAUAGCAACAACUCCCGUUCGCCUGAAGAUGGGGAUAGAGGGAAAGAUAUUGCCAACAGUGGUGAGAAAACACAGACUCUGUGCAGUCGGAUCAAUGAAGUCAUCAGGCAGUGUUACAUCAAUAUGGCAGAAUCACCGGUAAAAGGAGUCCUUGGGAAGAAGUUGAAUCCAAGUGAUUCCAUCACACGAAGUUUGGACUUUGAACAGCAGAAUGGGAACGUAGAGAAGUGGAGCCUACAGGAAAACAGGAGGAAACAAGACUUAUCAAAUAUGGCAAUGAAGCAGGAAAUGUCUGCAGAAGCUCAAACACUGAGAGAAGAACAUGGUGCUGAAGAUACAGGAACCACCAAUGGAGAAAACCCCACAGCAGAAAAGAACAAGCACAAGCUAAGGAAAAAGAACGCUAGUAUCAGCUACCUCAAGAAACACAGGGGCCAGGCUUCAAGUCCUGACAGAAAAUGUUUUGGUAAGAAGUCCCGCCAGGAUCCUCGCUGCUGCCACAAGCCCAAACCAUGUGGCUGCACUCCCGAGCAGCAGGCUGAGUCUGCCAAGAAGAUGUGGGAACAAGGGAAAGGGAAGGAGGACAGUAGGAACAGGUUUGAGGAUGGAGAUGAGGACGGGGAGACAAGUACCAAGAAAAAACCCAAUGGGCAAAUAAAGAAGAGAAAGUCUGAUGUAAAGGAUGAGGGCACCUCUGAAGAACCUGUGAAAAAGAAGCGGGGCAGGAAGAAGAAGAUUAAAGAGGAACCUGCAGAACUUCCCGAGGAGAACAGAAAAGCUGAGAAGUCCACUUCUGCCUCUGUUACCACCGCCAAUAACAAGAAACAAGAGGUAGCGUGCCUCCUGACCAUGUCUCAGGCCCAUCAGAAGUACAGCAAGAGCAAGCUGAUGAAGCUAGGACUGUCCUUCACCCAGGACGGACCCUGUUCUGACGUCACCCCCAAACUCAUGAAGUGUCGGGAGUGCCGCAUGUCUGCCGCACAGAAGAUAAAGAAGGGCAUGAACAUCUUCUGUCGCUUCUAUGCUUUUAGAAGGUUGAAAUACAGCCAGAAAGGGUUCCUCAUGGUCGGAGGUUUCUGUGACCCAGAUGACUGUGGAAAGAGUGACAUGGACCUUUGGAUUCCACACUGGAAAGAUGUGGAGCCAGCAUUACGAGCAGAUGAGGCCAAGUACAUAAUCACUCUGGUGGGGGACAAGUUCUGUGAGCUGGUCACUUCAGAGCAGGUGGCAAAGAACUGGGGUACCAAUGAUGCCAAACCAGCCUGGAAGAGGGCAGUCACAGGGGUGCGCGAGUUGUGUGACCAGUGUGACACGACCCUCUUCAACAUCCACUGGGUGUGUGAGAAGUGUGGCUUUGUGGUGUGUCUGGACUGUUUCAGGGCCAGGAAGAACACUCCUCUCACAGACGAUGAACUGGAUGAUGAUGACCCUUGGUUAGAGUGUAUCAAACACCAGCAUCACAGACCUGAGAAUCUCAUGCUGACACAGAUCAUCCCAGGCACUGCUCUUGAUGAUCUCCGCGAGCUUAUUCAUGAAGUUCGAGACAAAUGGAGCAUCAAGUCCAACUGCCUUUGUCUGGGAAAGAAGAGGUCAUCAGUUGGUCAGAAUGGCAUCUCACAGCUUCUGUGGAAUGCUGCCCUCGAGAUGGACGCAAAAAGAGAAAGGCGGGAGAGAGGUUUGGAUGGUAAGUUGACCAGCAGCCUUCCGUCUUCAACACUUCAUGGAGACAAGGACUCUCGACCAGCUGUGUCCACGGAUGGUGACGCUAACCCGUCUUCUACAUCAGGGUCUCGCCCCACGCAGGAAACAGCCAAGUCAUCUGCACCAGCUGCCCCUGCCUUCGGGCUCCACACCCUGGCAGACGUAGCCAACAUGCAGUGCAAAUUGAAUGCUGGGGAGUCAAGGGAAGGGGACAUGGAGGUUGACUUCAAUACCUCAUUUGAGAAAGGAUCUACUAAGGCAUUCCAGAAUUCAAAAAGUACAGACGAUGAUUCCUCUACUGACAGGACAAGCAAAUCUCCUUUAAAUAGAGAAUCAGGUGGCUCUGGUAAGGACACCAAGGAGCUGAGUAAUGAGGCUAUCGGAUGUAAGACCCUGCGUGAACUACUGACACAGAAGGCAGAGAGCUGUGACCUAGGGAAGAAGGCAAAUGCCUUUGUACCUGUGGGUGGGCAGAAGAGAAGUCGACUGAUUACCAGUACACUUGACGAGAUCAUCUCUACAGUGGUAGAACAGAGCAUCCCGAUGGUCCACUCCCCGGCAGUGAGGAAAGGCACGUCCAUGCACCAGACGCCGGUGUACGACGCGGUGAUCCCGUCUGUGGACGAGCCUGUCCCCAGACACACCCUGACGGAGACCAGUGUGUGGUUCCCAGACGUGCCCCACUCCUGGCUGUGUGAGGGCAGACUCCUCAGGCUACAUGAUCCCAAAAACCCCAACAACCUGAAGCUGUUCCAGGAGCAGUGGAAGAGGGGCAUGCCUGUUCUAGUGUCUGGAGUCAACAAGUACCUGAACUCCAACAUCUGGCGUCCUGAGGCCUUCAGCCGUGAGUUUGGUGAGCUGGAGAAUGACCUGGUCAACUGUCGCAACGGAAAUGUCAUCCCCAACAUUGCCAUGAAGAAAUUCUGGGAUGGCUUCGAAGACAUCCCCAAGCGUCUGAAGGAUGAGGAGACUAAUGAUACCAUGUUACUGAAGCUGAAAGACUGGCCUCCUGGAGAGGAUUUCAGCGAAAUGCUACCAAGGAGAUUCCAGGAUUUGAUGCAGGCACUCCCCCUACCAGAGUACACACGUAGAACAGGCAAACUCAACCUGGCCUCCAGACUUCCUGAUUUCUUUGUCAGGCCAGACCUCGGACCCAAGAUGUACAAUGCCUAUGGUUCAGCUGCACAUCCUAGUGAAGGCACCACCAAUCUCCAUCUGGACAUCUCUGAUGCGGUGAAUGUGAUGGUGUAUGUUGGAAUCCCCAAUUCUGAUGAUGAGGGGAAUAGCAGCAUUGAUUAUGAGAGAGAAGCCCUGAAGGCAAUAGAUGAGGCAGACUGUGAUGACAUCAUGAGGCGGCGGGUACGGGAGACUGCAGAGAAACCUGGAGCACUCUGGCACAUCUACGCUGCCAAGGACGCUCAGAAGAUCCGCGAUUUCCUCAUCAAGGUUGGUGAAGAGCAGGGUGAGGAUUCCCCAGAGGACCACGACCCCAUCCACGACCAGAGCUGGUAUCUGGACAGUGCCCUCAGGAAGCGCCUGUACCAGGAGUACGGUGUGGAGGGCUGGACCAUCGUGCAGUGUCUGGGGGACGCUGUCUUCAUCCCAGGCGGGGCACCCCAUCAGGUGAGGAAUCUGCACAGCUGCAUAAAGGUAGCGGAGGACUUCGUGUCCCCAGAACACGUCAGCCACUGCUUCCGCCUGACGCAAGAGUUUCGAAAGCUGUCUGACACACAUACCAACCAUGAGGACAAGCUGCAGAUCAAGAACAUCAUUUACCAUGCCAUCAAGGAUUCUGUGAGUUGCCUGAAGUACUAUGAAGAGAAUGUUCCUCUGGACAGUCUCUCUGUCUCACAAUGACCUAAAUGAUGCAGACUGAUAGAGACCUACUGGCUUUGCCCCCGAACUGCUGGAAGUUGAUGUGUCCAAGCUUCAAGUUGCACUGGGGCAGAAGUAUGACACUGAUUCAAUCAUAUUAUGAAGUGAUGGAAUGGUCCUGAACAGUUAGAGCACUCUCCCAUCAACUGAACAAUCAAGGAAGUUGAUCUGUCUUUCAACCAUGCAAGUUGAUUUUAGCAGGAUUUUGCCUGCUAAAAGAUUAUUUAUAGCUGUUCUCAAUUAUUCUUUGUAUUGACUUCCAAAUUUGAUUUAAAGGUGAUUGCAAAAAUUCUACCUUUUACUGAACGUUACAAUACCAAACAUAGACUUUUUCUAGUUUGCCCAAUGAAGUAGCUUUGGGAGGUAUAAUGCUGCAUCAUUGUGAAACAGCUGAUGCAUACUUGGAUGUUGUAUACAAUUUAAUAAAACUGGCUUGUGUGGGUGAAUGGGGGUUAAAAUAAUAAAAGGAAUAGCAAAGGCAGGCAAGCAGACAAUACUGUUUGUACUUUGACAGCUGUAUAGAAUUCUUAGAAUGCUGCUGCCAAAUGUUAAGGAGCUCCAACUCAGGAUGUACAGAAUCAAAGACUUUAUCCAUGAAGUAUGAAUGAAUGACUUUACAGUACGAGUGAUUUUUGUCAUUUUUUGUCUUGCUCGAAUGUAAAUAGCUACCACCGUUGCAUCUGCGUGUUGAUGUGGGCACAAAAGCGUACUUAUAUGUACUGGUGAGACUGGUUGACAGGACAGUGUUUUUUGGACUUCCCUGCGUGAACUAAACCUGUUGUACUAUUGGUUAUCCCAGGCAAUCUACUGUGUUAUAUGAUAUCCAGUUGUGUAUGUUGGUGCUUGCAUGAUGUGGUAUUGUAAUGUCAAAGAUUGGUGUGUAUCUCAAAUAAGGGAACAAACACUGCAUUAGAAGAGAAAAUUGUGGAGAAUUUUUGAAGAUGUAUAUGUGUUUUCCAUGAAAAGUUUACUCUUUCCUACAAUAUUGUCUACCAAUUGUAAUAGUAUAGCUCAUUUGUAUAAAGUACCACAGAAAAUAAUUAUGACUCUGGAAUACAAUAGUGAGGUGGUUGAUACACAUUUUAUUGUGGGCACACAUCGUGUACUAACAAGUAUCAUGUGAUUGGAUACAAUUUUAAAUGUGAUGUGGAACUAAUGAAAAUCGUGCCUUUGAUUUUUUUUUCUUUAUAUUACUGGUUUUCAGCAAGCUAGCCAGACAUGGCUUAGAUAGGACAGCUUUUUGCCACUUUUGUUAUUAAAAGAUUUGGGGAAGGAGCAAAUAUUUGCUCUUAGCUUAAAGCUAGCCUUAACCCAGAUAAAUUCACAUCCCAGCAGAAUUCUUUGAAGCGUCAAAUGCUUCCCUCCUUGUACAUAAAGUUGUGUAUAGGAAUAUUUUUAUACAUGAGAAGACAGGUUCUGAUGUAUGUACACUUGCUCACCUGUGACUUUGCAGAAGACGUCUACCUAUUUUAUUGGAGAAAAAUGUGAAGCGUGACAUUGCUAGGCUUUUAGAAUGUACUGUUGAAAUCAAGACAAUGUUUAUAUUAAAAAUUGAUUUUGGUUUGAACCU